CCCUCCUCUGAUCUUCAAAGUUCCUACUAUAAGCUAGGGGUGGCGAGUGUCUAGGAGUGUGUGGGAGGGAGAGGGCUGAGUGGAAAGAUAUCCCACAUCUGUUAUCUGUCCAUUACAGAGGAAACAUUGGAUAAGGAUGUUUGCAUUUCUCUUUCUAUUUCCAUUCUUUGCCACAGCCCUGAAUGUGGACCUACAACCUUACAGCCAUAGUGCAGUUCUGGAUGGGCAGGGAAAAUACAUGUUGCACUGGAGGCACCAUGGCAAGUCAAUCACCUUCCUGCUACAGGUGGAGACGUUAGGCUAUGUUGGUUUUGGGUUCUCUCCCAAUGGGGACAUGGCUUCUUCAGACAUUGUUAUUGGAGGAGUGGAAGAAGGCAAGCCCUACUUGCAGGACUUCUAUUCAGAUGGUAAUAGAAUUCUUCAUAGAGACCCACAUCAAAACUACCUGCUUGAAUAUGCCAUGGAAAAUAGCACACACACAAUUCUCAAAUUUAGCAGAGACCUCCAUACGUGUGACCCCAAUGAUAAAACAAUAACAGAAAGCACAAUCAGAGUUAUUUGGGCAUACCACAAUGAUGAUAUUGGACACGUUGGCCCCACAUAUCAUGGACUAAAUCGAGGUCGGAAAAGCUUACGUUUACUUAAUCCUGAGAAAACAUAUAUAAAAUCUGUGGACACUCCCAGUUUUAAUUUCACAAAUAAGAACGUGCCUAUUCCAUAUAAAGACACAACCUACUGGUGCCAAAUGUUUAAGAUGCCAGCACUGAACAAAAAACAUCAUGUUGUUAAGAUUGAACCAUUGAUUCAGAGUGGUAAUGAAAACUUGGUCCACCAUAUUUUACUAUAUGAAUGUGACAGAAAUGUAAAUGACAGUGUGUUGGAUUAUGGCCAUGAAUGCUACCACCCUAACAUGCCUGAUGUCUUCCAUACCUGUGAAACAGUUGUCUUUGCCUGGGCCAUUGGUGGAGAGGGCUUCACGUUUCCAUCACAUGCUGGCUUAUCACUUGGUAUGCCAACAGAUCCUAAAUAUGUUCUUAUGGAAAUACAUUAUGAUAAUCCAUCACAACAAGAAGGAUUAACAGACAAUUCUGGCAUUCGUCUAUACUACACUCAUCAUGUAAGAAAAUAUGAUGCUGGUGUUUUAGAGACUGGCAUUUGGGUCAGUCUGUAUCACAUGAUACCACCACGUAUGGCCCAAUUCAUCUCAGAAGGACACUGCACUAUGGAAUGCUUGGAAGAGGCUCUUAGUGCAGAAAACCCAGAAGGGAUUCAUGUCUUUGCUGUUCUUCUACAUUCACACUUGGCUGGCAAAGCCAUCUGGGCCAGACAUUAUAGGAAAGGGGAAGAACAGAAGCCGCUUGCUUAUGACACAGAAUAUGAUUUCAACUUUCAAGAGUUCAAAUACUUAGAAGAGGAAAGGACCAUUUUACCAGGUGACAAUAUAGUUACUCAGUGUCAAUACAACACAAAAGGCCGGACAACGAUGACUUGGGGUGGGCUGAGCACCAGAGAUGAAAUGUGUCUAUCAUUCUUGCUUUAUUACCCCAAAAUUAACCUUGCCCGAUGUGAAAGCAUUCCUGAGAUUAAACAGCAGCUAGAGUUUAUUGGGGUGAAGGAGAUAUACCGGCCUGUCACUUCUUGGCCAUUUAUAAUCAAGAGCCCAAAGAAAUACAACAACCUCUCCUUUACGGAAGCCAUGAACGCAUAUCAGUGGUCCAAAAAAAAAGGAAACUCCUUUAAUCAACAGGCCCUUCAGAUUCCAAUCAAUGUUAGAUGUUCUAAACAUGAAAGCAACGAAUGGAUGGUUCAAGGCAUGAUUGUAUCACCGCCUCAAGUGAAAGAGAUAUAUCAGUCGGAAGAAUUUGUCUGUCUCUCGCUGUCAUCUUGUCUGAACGCCAGUGGCUUUGUGUGCUUAGCUGUAAUUAUAUGUAAUAUACUGUGCAUAAAACAGCUCAUCUUCCUUUCAUAAAACUGACUCAUUUUUAAGCAUUAUAUGGAAUUACAGAUAUGUUUGCACUUUUAUAUUAUUUGAUUUUUUUUUUUACAAAAAUAAAAUAAUUUUAUUAAAUCAA